AUGUAUCUAGAUUCGGAUCACGGAAAGGGCAAAUGUUCCAUCACAUUCCCUGACGGAUAUUCACCACAAGAAUAUGGACUACGAGAAAUCUACACCAUAGAAGAUGUUGAUGGUCUACGUCUAUUUGAAGUUAUAAGGUAUCUUGAAGGGUUGCAAAUUGGUUAUAGCUUAGAAUCUUCAGAUGCUAAAUUGAGAAUGUUAUUAAAGUCAAAAGUUUCAUCAACAUUGAAUGAUGAUUAA